UGUACAAUUGUUCAUGUCCUUUGAACUUUUAGUCUCCCAUAGCAAAGCAAACACAAGCUCUACACAUCAUGAGAUCAAUCCUGUUGAGUCUCCCCUGGCGGCAGCAGAUGGUGGCGGUUGCCCCGUUGCCGGAAAAACCCCAAUUCGACCGGAAACUCACAGAGGAGCUUAACACCCUUUUGUCACAAAGCAAAGGUGGUGUGGUUGGUUUGGCUCAAUUUCUUGAUGCUGCCAUCACCACUCAGAAAAUUGCCUUGGAUUCUCUAGUGAACAUUUCUUGCAUAGAUGGUGCUGAUCGUGGCGGUGUUGAGAAGUACCUAGAAGACAACACUGAGCUUCUUGAUUCAUGCAAUUACUUUCUGGAAAAAAUGGAAGGUAUCAACAAGUAUGUGGACACAUUGAGAGUGGUUGCACAUUUGGUUGAUGAUUCUAAGCCUAAUUCAGUGGCAGCAAAACGUGCAUUGGAACUUUUGGAGUCAUGUGAGAAGAGAUGCAGAGUAAUGGGGAGGAAGAAGAAGAACAGUGGUUCUUGUUUGAAGAAACUGUUGCGGCAAAAGUAUGAAAAAACAGAUCUUGGUGAGAUCAUGUGUGGUUCUAAGGCCAUGGCUUUGAUGUGUUGCAGCUUUCUUGAGACUGGUCUGUCAUUUGAAUCAAAAAGUGGACUGGUUUCAGUGAAGCAGUCUCAGCCUGUGAGAUCUUCAUGGUUGAGAUUAUUGGAGGAGAUGGCAAAGCAAUCGUCUUUGUUGACAAUUGAUGAGUUGCAGCAGACAGUGACUGCAGCUAGAGAAUUGAAGGUGCACAUGAAGGGUAAAAGGGAAAAGGAGAUGAAAUCUGCUGUUGAGAGAUUGAAGAAAAGAUGCAGGGGAUUGGAGGAUGGGAUUGAGAUUAUUGAGGGAAGAGUGAAGGAUUUGUAUAGAAGUUUGAUUGAUGUUAGGAUGGCUCUUUUGGGAAUUCUUUCCCAAGCCUAAGUUUUGUUAGAUUUAAUUAGAAUAGCUAGGGAAGUAUGGUUAGGACUUAGGAAUUAUGCAAUGUGCUGUGCUAACAGUUACUGAUGUAUAGAUUUAAUCAGAGAUGUAUUCACUGUAAUUAAUCCCAAUAAUUUAUGUAAUUAGUUACUUAUUAUCUGUA